CAGAGUUACAGUGUUGUACAUUUCCUUCCUCAAGAGUUAAGCUCAAGUGGUCUUGUUUCGAUCGAAGAAAGAAGAACUUGGAAAAAAGAAAUCUGAAACAUUACCUGCACAAGAUGACGACCGAUGGGCCACUUUACCACUUUGCGUACUACUGUUCUGGUCAUGGAUUCGGACAUGCCACCCGAGUGACGGCGAUUACGGCUGGACUGCUAUCGCGGAGACACCGAGUGUCGAUCGUGUCGAGUGCACCCGAGUCCGUCUUCGAAGCUGUCUUGCACGGCUCCUCGGCCCAGGCCAGCUACCGGUUCGCCAUCUUCGAGCCGACGGUCGUCCAGCCUAAAGCUUACGAUGUCGAUCGAUUGGCAACCUUCAACAACUUGCACUCCUUCUUGACCCAGCAGAGGCAUCCUGUCAUCGAUCAAGAACGUCAAUGGCUCACCGAUCAUCGGGUUGAUUGCGUUCUUAUCGACGCCCCUUUUCUGCCUUGUGCUGCAGCAAGGAAAGCAAACAUACCGUCGGUGAUUAUCAGCAACUUCACUUUUGAUUCCUGUUACUCGUACUUGUCAGCAUUCAAUGAAGAGGCAUCAGGAGAGCAGAGGAUUGAAACAAAGAGAUUGAACGAGCUGGUGGCGAUUACGGUUCAGGACUAUGCACAGGCGGAGCUACUACUUCGACUGCCUGGAGCGAUCCCCAUACCGGGGUUUGAUGAAGACAUCCCGUUACCGGCGACGACGUGGGUGGAGGAUCGCACAGGAUUUUUCACCGCUGAGAUUGACGGCAAGCUGGCGAAGGGAAAAGACUCGAGGAUGAGGCCGAGGAGGACGAUCGACAUGCCGCUGAUCGUCCGGCCACUAACGAGAUCGGCGUACGAGCCCAAGACAAAGCUGGCUCUCUUGGCCGCCCUCGGCGUACCCGCCGAGCUCCUCAAGUCCGAAACUAAGAUCCUACUCGUCUCCUUCGGCGGCCAGGUCAUCCCCUCGCCAAGCCCUCCGACUUCUACCGACCAUGAUCUCGACGAUGGCUCAUCGCCUAAUCAGACCCGGCCUCACGACUCCCUCCUCCCACCCGGAUGGAUAGCCAUCAUCUGUGGCUUGCCUCCCAAGGCUCGUCCUCAUCAGAUACCCGAUCGCUUCUUCUCAAUCACCGACUCCAAAUUCAAUUAUGUCCCCGAUCUCACCGCUAUCACUGAUGUUGUCUUGGGAAAAUUAGGCUACGGGACGUGCAGUGAAGUCAUCGCUACAAGGACACCGUUCAUCAGUGUGCCGAGAAAGAUGUUUGUAGAGGAGUAUGGAUUGAAACGAUUGAUGAAAGAGAGCUCGACAAUCAACGUCGAGAUGAGCAUCAAAGAGUUUGAAGAUGGCCGAUGGGCGUCGUAUAUUCUCCGGGCCGACCGACUGAAACAGCAACAAGUUCAGAAAGACCACCCGACAUCUUCAAACCACUAUCAGCAGCAUCCUCAACUCAUCGUCAAUGAGAGUCAGAAUGGUCACGCUGUCGAUAUCGUCGUCGACCAUCUCGAAGUCUUCAUGUUCGAGAAAAAAACUGUCAAAUAAUUAGCAAGUUCUCGGAUCUUAGGAACCAUUUCUUUUUGAUUAAGUUGGAUGGCUUUUACUUGAACUAAUAUUCCCUCUUGCCUCUAGCAACCACCUUUUCUCAUUGUUUGUUUGUAUGUAUGUGUUUUGUACCAUUAGUAUUUAGAACGGUCACUCACAAGCAAACGUAUUGUGCAGGACUGUUAUGGCUUUAGGAUCACCAGUUGUAUAGGAAAUUGUAGAUCAGGAUGUGUCACUAUGUAGAGUUUUUGUUUUUUACCUUCUUUGUUGUUGUUGUUGUUUUUAUAGGUCUCAUUGGGAUUGUAUUUUUGAAUAAUGAUCGAAUGUUCCUGGAAAGUGAAGCGUUUUCAUUCAGCUCCAACCAUCCAG